ACAUAUAAAAGUGGUUCCGACACGGAAGGUACCGAAACGCAGUUUGAUCCAACGCGAGGAAGCACUUUCUUCCUCAAACGUGAAACCUCUGUAAUUAGUCUCAGUAUUUGCAAGCCUUCCAAGAUCGGCUGUGCAAUUUCGAGAGAGCGAAAGGUAUCGCGGGGCCGUGAAAGUAGUUGAACUAUCAGGACCAAUGUAUGUGGCCAGCCGCCACUGGAGAGAGGGAUCAGCGAAGUCGAAAACAGCUGCGAUAAGGAUCAGUGCCAGCGGUGUCUCUGGGACCCAGGAGGAGGUGGGUGUUGGGGUCCGCGGACCGUCUCCGGGUUCAGAUCACCCAGGACUUUAACCGGCAAGUGAUUGUAAAAUGAUCUAGAUUUGAAAAGACAGCCAUUUCGGAAAAUGGCAUCGGAGAUGAUCUUGUUGACGGGUGGAGCUGGUUACAUCGGUAGCCACUGUGUGAUUGAGCUGGUUAAAGCAGGAUACAAUCCCGUAGCGAUAGACAAUUUCCACAAUGCAAUUCGAGGUGUGGAUGGAGUUCCUGAAAGCCUUCGGCGUGUGCGUGAGAUUACAGGAACAGAGAUAAUCUUCCGAGAAGUUGAUGUGCUAGAUAAAUCUGCUCUACGUAAUCUCUUCAAAGAGUUUAGUUUCUCAACUGUGAUCCAUUUUGCGGGCGUGAAGGCUGUCGGCGAAUCUGUCCAGGAGCCUCUUUUUUAUUACAAGGUCAAUUUUGAAGGAACACUUAAACUACUGGAGAUCAUGAAAGAACAUGACGUCAAAGACAUUGUAUUCAGCAGUUCAACAACUGUAUAUGGUGAUCCUGUUUACCAACCUAUAGAUGAGGCACAUCCUGUUGGCAAUUGCUCAAAUCCUUAUGGGAGAAGCAAAUACUUUGUUGAACAAAUGAUCAAGGAUGUCUGUUCUACAGACAAGGAUUGGAAUGCAGUGUUACUUCGAUAUUUCAAUCCUAUUGGGGCACAUGAAUCAGGAAUAAUCGGUGAGGAGCCUCAGGGUAUUCCCAACAAUCUGUUGCCAUACGUUGCACAGGUUGCUAUUGGACGUCGGGAGUGCCUGAGUAUUUUUGGGAAUGACUAUGAAACGUGUGAUGGCACAGGUGUCAGGGAUUACAUUCAUGUUGUGGAUCUUGCAAAGGGACAUAUUGCUGCAUUGAAGAAACUUAAAGAGAAAUGCAACUGCAAGGUGUACAAUCUUGGUACUGGAACUGGUUAUUCGGUUCUACAGAUGGUGAAAGCGAUGGAAAAAGCUUCUGGGAGAGAGAUUAAAUAUCAGAUAGCUCCACGGCGAGGAGGAGAUAUUGCUUCCUGUUAUGCCAAUCCAGGUCUCGCAGAGAAGGAACUUGGAUGGAAGGCAGAGUUUGGAAUUGAUAAGAUGUGCCAAGAUACAUGGCAUUGGCAAUGCAAGAAUCCUCAUGGUUUCAGCAAGAAUGAGGAACCUGAUGUAAAACAAAGCAGUUAUUUUUAAGGUGCACAGAAAAGCUGGAGAAACUCAGCGGGUGCAGCAGCAUCUAUGGAGCGAAGGAAAUAGGCAACGUUUCGGGCCAAAACCCUUCUUCAGACAGUUUUUAAGGAAUGAUAACUUGUAAACCUUUUAAUGAAGGGUCUUUUGUGGUGGAUGGGUCUUUUGUUAGUGAGCAGAUCAGCAGUGAUUAAAUGCAGAUUCAUAGCUCUGAUAUUCCUGUUUGUAAAAUGAUGUUACAAAUGCAAUGUAGUUGUGUAGAGCUAGUAGUCUGUACUUUUUAAGGAUGAGGCAAAAGAGAACAAAAUCAGAGCCCAGGAUGCUCAAUAUAGAGACAUUAAAAUUGAUCAUGCGAAUGCACUAAUUCUUUUACCCAGAGUAGAGAAAUCAAGAAACAGAGGACAUAGGUUUAAGGUGAGAUGGACAAGAUUUACUCAAAGGGUAUAUGGAACAAUCUGCCAGAGGAGCUAGUUAGCAGGGACUAUAACUGCACUUUAAAGGCAUUCGGACAGAUACAUGGAUAGGAAAGAUUUAGAUGGAUCUGGGCCAAAUGCAGGCAGGUGGGACUAGUGGAGAUAAGGAAAAAUGGUUGGCAUGAAGGAAUUGGACUGAAGAACCUGUUUCUGUGCUGUUUGACUCUGACUCGUGUUGAUAAAAACUCUGCCAGGCAGUGAAAGUGCAAUGGAAGUGAAAAUGAA